ACCAGCGCCGUAUCAGAUCACGCUCUGUAAAAAUUCCCUAUAAUUACAAAAUCCCUUUAUUGAGAGAUCUCACAACAACAGCCUCUCUUCUACUCUUUACUGUACGGCGGCACCGUGAGGCUCUCCGCGGGAGAUCCUGAUUACUCUGCAGAGAGGUCAUGGAAACCCAGGCAGAUUCUUCGACUCUUACUCCACAAGUAGUGGGGAAUGCAUUUGUGCAGCAGUAUUAUUCUAUUCUGUCUCAAUCUCCUGAGUUGGCUCACAAAUUUUACGAGGAAGCCAGUGUUCUUAGCAGGCCUGAACUCAAUGGUCAGAUGACCUCUGUCACAUCCAUGAAAGUCAUCAAUGAUAUCAUUCUGUCCAUGGACUACAAGAAUUCCAGAGUCGAGAUACUGACUGCUGAUGCACAAGCUUCUUAUAAUAGCGGGGUGAUUGUUUUAGUGACUGGUUUUUUCACCGGAGAGGACCAUACAAGAAGACAAUUUUCGCAGACUUUCUUUCUGGCCCCGCAAGCAAAUGGAUAUGUUGUGCUGAAUGAUAUCUUUAGAUAUGUUGAGGCAAAGGAAUCAGGAGAUGUGGUGACAGUUGACAAUGUUGAUGAAGAAGGUGUGCCAACUGCUCCUUUGACUCCAGAUUCUGAACCAGUUCAUGUUCUCAAUUCCCCUGUGGAAAAUCACUCAACUACCACCGUGGAGGAGGAUACUAAUAAUAGUGAAGAAGUUGACCAUUCACUGGCCAAUGGAAAGAUAGAAGUCUUAGAGGAAAGAGCUGCUCCUGCUGAUGACCAACUUGUUGAGAGUCAAGUUGAUACCCUCCCAGUCAUUGAGAAAACUGCUCCUACUGUCCUGGAGGAUGGUUCCAAAAAGACCUAUGCAUCGAUAGUACAUGCAUUGAAGGUUAAUGCUUCUCCAUUCCAUGUGAGGAUUCCGCCUGCUAAACCUGUGGAGCCGCCACGUGUAAUUGCUGCAGCAUCUGAAACAUCAGUGCCAGUUAGUAAUAAUGCCCCUGAGAGAAAUAAUGAGAAAAACAAUUUUGAUGCAGCAGCUAGGGGACAUUCCAUAUUUGUGGCAAAAUUGCCCAUGAAUGCCACAGUCGAACAGCUUAGAGAGGUCUUUGAAAAAUUUGGGCCCAUCAAGCGUGAUGGUAUUCAAGUCAGAAGCUAUAAGGAACAAAGAAGCUGUUUUGGUUUCGUAGAAUUUGAAUCUGCUAGUUCUGUGCAGAGUGCUCUUGAGGCUUCUCCUAUCUUAAUAGGCGAUCGUAAAGCUCCUAUUGAGGCAAAGCGAGCUGAUAGUGAUGGCGGAAAGUACCCACCCAGAAGGGAUCGUUUUCGAGGAAACAAUUUCAGGGACGGUGGGAACAAUUUCAGGGAUGGUGGGAACUUUGGUGGCGGCCGUGGCUAUGGGAGAAAUGAAGCCGAAGAGGGUGGGUUUUCAGGUCAAGGUCGGGCCUCAUCAGGUCGCAAUAGAGAUGUUAACCAGAAGGUUUAUCAGAACGGUGGACGAGUCGCCCGUCAAGGUCCGGGCCCGAGUCAACGUGUGAUGAAUUAGGCUGCUGCUCUCACUGUUAAUUUUUUUCCCCACCGCAAUAACAUACUGAUGUAAGAUUAUAGGGAAGUUUUUGCCGAGUCGAUUUUUUGUGUCUUCAUUUGUACAAUUAUUAGAGUUUUUUUUUUUUUUUUAAUUUUUCCUUUCCGGUUUUAUUUGAGGAGGGAUUUGAAUCCUUGCCCCCCUCGCAGACAGGUAUUAGAGUUAAUCUCUAGGUGCUGAGUGUUAUUUCUAGAGAAAGGAAAUCUAAAGGAUUCUUUUUAUG